GAUUGAUUGUAACAAUUAACUCAUUCACUCUCAUACACAAAAGGCAGUCAAACUUGCUUUAUUUGCUUCAAUGGAGUCCACUUCUCCGGACUUCUACCAGAACCUCGUUGUACUCCGUCACGCUGAUCGUCUCGACUUCUCCGACCACUCAUGGACCGCCACGGCGGACCGUCCAUGGGACCCGCCCCUCAUGGAAGAUGGCUUUGUCCGGGCCUUCAAUUCGGGUCGGGCCAUCUUGAACGAUCUAGGAUCCCCCAUCCACCGGAUUUUCGUCUCUCCCUUCCUUCGUUGCCUUCAGACGGCCGCCCAAGUUGUCGCCGCGGUCCACCACGUUUCUGCUGAUUCCGCCGCUACCUCCCAACUCAAGGUGUCUAUAGAAUAUGGGUUAUGUGAGAAGCUUAACCACAAAGCAAUCCCACCUGAAGUGGCUCCAAAGGAUUGGAAUUGGGGUUUCAACAUCUCAGAUCUUCAAACAAUAUUACCUACCGUUUCUACAGACCAUUCUGUAGAACCUAUAUAUGAAGAGGCACAAACAAAACUACCCAUGCCACAAUUUGGAGAGGUCCCUACGAUUAUAAGGUCGAGAUUUGAACAGGUUUUCAAGACUCUGGCUGAUAGAUACCAUUCCCAGAACAUCAUGCUUAUCACUCAUGGCAUAGGAGUUGGAGUUGUUGUUUCUACAGUUUUGAAAAACACAAGGGUUGUUCAUGUUGAUUAUUGUGGAUAUGCUAUCUUGAGGAGACCCAUUUUUCUCAACCACGAUUCAUUUGUUGCUGGAAACUUCGAGUUGUGUUCGCCUGACGACACUGCUGGUAUUAAAUUUUCCAAGCAUUGAAUUGGUUAUUAUAGUUUAUAUUUAAAGUGUCGAUAAUCUUAGUUUGAGUUAUAAUAAUUUAUGUUUGAAAUGUAGACCAUUUAAAGUCUAGGUUGAUGGUUACAAAAUAGUACAUACGGUAGAAUUUAAAUAAUUUGAUUGUAACUAGGUGUAGAUUAUAGUUAUGGAGAACUUCAAAUGUUAUAAUGAAAGGUUAAAAUAUGGAGUGAGCUAUACUAGCCUAUUCUACCGAAGAUAAUUAAAUUGGAAGCUCAUAUGCCUCUUUAGUGAUUAUAACUACUUGGUUUUGUGUUCGAUU